AUGUCGCAAACUGAACAAAUUGAUGAUCUUGUACAACCACCACUACAAAUUGCUCCACAAUCACAAUUAGAUAUUGAUCCAAUUGAAUAUGCAUCAUCAAUGACAUCAACAUAUCAACAAGAUGAAUUAGAUGAAGAAAUGGAUAUUGAUUUGGCUAAGCCUGAAUUCGAUGGUCUAUGGGAUAAACAACCAGUUAAACAAGAUAUUGAUCCACUUUUUAAUCGAUCAAAACAUUGGAAAACAAAAAUGGAUAAAGAUAUUUUACAACGAACAUUAACGAAAUUAAAAGAAAAUAUUGUUCGUGAACAAGUUGUUGGUACUAAACGCUUCGAAGGACCUGUACCAUUUAAAAGUGAUCCAUCAGAAAUUAUUUUUAAAGAUUUUGAUGUUGAGAAAGUUUAUCGAACACGAGUUACAUUAACUAAUGUAACAUUAACAAUUAAUACACUUAAACUAGUCGAUUUAUCGGAAUCAUUAAAAGAUUUUAUUACACUUAAAUUUGAACCACCGGGUAUGAUAUCUGCUGGAAUGUCUUGCUAUCUUUAUGUGAUAUUCGAACCAAAAAUCAAUGAAAAUCUUCGAGGUGAAAUAAAAUUUCUAGCUCAAACAGGCAUGUUUACUAUUCCAAUUCGUUGUGAAAUAAAAAAAGUUGAAGUAAGUAUCAAUAUAAAAAAAAAAUCGACUUAA